AGGGCAAGAUCAGUGACAGAGGGUCAUGUGCACUUGUCUCUACAUCGAGGGCCAGCGACUACUCCAUCAAUCUGAAACUGAUACUGACUCAAGAUUUCCACCAUAUUCAUCUUGAUUCAUCGCCCUCUGGCAUUCGCUUUUAAAUGGUCCUUUCCAGGUGAUCCGAUCGAUUUAUUGGGUCUGGCAACCAGGUAGACUAAACAGGAGUGGCAAGUUGAGACAAACACAGAAACCGAAAUCAUUUCCUGGAUUUUACUGUUCAAUGAUCAAGGCUUUCUACUUCUGCGGUUAUUUACCUACGCUGAGAUGACUCGCGUUUGUCAAGUAGUGUAGUCUUCAUCACAAUGUAUUUAAUGUUCUCCAGAGGAAUGGCGAUGUAUAAAGUUUUGUUUCUACUCUUCCACCUUGUGCCAUAUGGACUGACUGCAUGUACGAAAAGGUUGGAACACAUACAUGAAGAAGAUAUUUCCAAAACAGUGUUUGUUGAUGAGGAAAAUGCAAACAAAUUCUUUAAGCGCCAUCUGCUGCUUAAUCGUUUCGAUUUUGAAAUCUUUACUCCUGGUAAUUUGGAGAGGGAAUGUAAUGAGGAAGUGUGUAAUUACGAGGAGGCACGAGAGGUCUUCGAAAACAUUCCAGAUACAGAUGCAUUUUGGGCUGCAUACACUGGCCAGGAGCAACAUCCAUCACGCUUUGACGUGACUGCAUUAUUGGUGGGACUCAUAGCAGGUGGAGUCGCACUUGUUAUAGUGUGCCUGCUCAUCUGGUAUGCCUGUCAGAGAAGGUUCAAGGGCGGUGGCGGACCUCCAGGACCUCACCGCACACGCUCCAGGAGGAGUAAUGCCUCUCUGAUCAUUCGGAGACUGGAGGAGAUUUCUCUUCAGCCAAUGCAGCCACAAGGAUCUCCAGAGGAUCUGGACGCCCCUGGCUUGCCCUCCUAUGAGCAGGCAAUAGCAGGUGCAGGACCACAUGAUGCUCCCCCUCCUCCAUAUCCAGGGUCAAGGCCAGGCACCAUUCGACGGUAGCAUUAAUUUGUAGGAAUUCUGGGGGAAGAUUUUAUGAAGGAAAUCAUAAGGCUGGAGUUAUAGUUGCUCCAUGGUUUCAGAGUGACCUGCUUCAAGUUUGCAUCCAAUGUGAUCAUUUGUUCUGCUUUGUGCUGUUGAUUUCAUGUUUGGUUGUUGUAUUGAUGAGUGAGAUUUGGCUUUAGUUUUCCAUUGAUUUCAGUUUUAAUCACAUGAGGAACAUUCUUUGGCAAACAUGAAAUAUUUGGUGCUUGCUUGAAAUAUAGCACUUUAGGGACUGAUUGAAGAGACUAGGUAACUUAAAUUAACUAUGUUUGGAAGGCAGUAUAACUGUGAUAAUUUUAUAUGAAGUGGAUGUUUUUGGAAAUGGACAACAUAGAGUAUGUUUGACACUGACUUAAUUGAGGACAAUUAUUUACCUUUACAAACAUUUGUUUUCUGAAACUAAAGCUCCAAAGAAGAGAACACUUGACUUUCAGUACUUGAAGGCUUUAUGCUGAACACAAACAGACCGUUAUGGUCUUUAAGCACUGCUUGCAGUAGUGGUAUUUACCUGUUGUAUGGAAGGCAGUUAACAUCAAUUAGUAAAUUACUUAUUAAUUUUACUAGAAAGCACUACAGGGAAUAUGAGAAGAAAUAUUGUGUUGACCUUUGAAUUAUUCUUCACUUCCAAACCUCAGUCAACAUACCAUUGACCGAACUGAAAACUGCUGGUAAACACAUAGAUAUCAAAGUUGAAGUUGUCUAUGCACUUUUAUCUGGUGAGAGGCUAUUUAUUCCUUAUGUGUAUUUUUCAGGAAAGUAUGUGAAUGUGUAUGUAUAUUUAAUCAUUUGUAUGUUGGCAAAUAUUUUUGGAAAUAGCCCUCAACUUUUUGCUUCUACAAGAAGCUAAAAUAAUGUCAUGUGUUUGUCACACUGACUAGACAAGAGCUGUAACUUAGGCCUAUUUCACUGAUGUGGACAUACAAAGACUUUUACGAUGUGCAGCAUGUCAGUCUAUACCUGCACAGUUUGAUUCAUUUAAGAAUUGGCUACAGGACAUCUUGCUCUGCCAGGGUGAACACAUUUGGCUUGUGAAUAUUGACACUUCAAAACACCUUUGUGAUUUCAUCAUCCCUCAGUGUGUAGGCCUAUGGCCAAGAAACCAAGGGUUAGAAUGUCUUAGUUCUAGCUGAAGGUAUCUUGUUAGGCCCUAUCUGUCACCCUGUCCCAUAGGCUACCAUAUCAUCUUAAUACUGUGAUUGUUUUACAAUAAAAGUUUUAUUAUA